AUGCUGAGACCUGCUCACUUCCUGCUGCUGCUGCUGCUGCUCCCGGCAGGCCCAAGAACAGGCCUCUCCCGUAAGCUCCACAAAGACAAGCCCAUCUUCAGCUGCCUCAACACAGCCUUGUCUGAGGCCAAGAAGAGCCAGUUGGAGGCUGUGUCCCUGCUGAGCAAGAGGAGCUUCCUCUACCUGCCCAGCCAAGGUCCAUCCUCAGGAGAGGAAGAGAAGGAGAGAGAGGAAAAGCAAGACAAAGAGAAAAGGACUUCCCCAGGCUCUGGAGGCAGCAGUGCAGCUGGAAGCAUUCGAUACAAAUACCUGUCCCAAGCACAGCUCCGGGGGAAGGUAUACCAAGACAAAGCCAAGAGUGACCGGCACACCAAGUUCACUCUGUCCCUCGACGUUCCCACCAACAUCAUGAACAUCCUCUUCAACAUAGCCAAGGCAAAGAACUUGCAAGCCAAGGCAGCUGCCAAUGCCCACCUGAUGGCACAGAUUGGGCGGAAAAAGUAG